GCUCCUGUGUACCAAUAAAAGAAACCACAAGAAUUUCUCAAACCGAAAACAACACACGAAAUCACCGCUGAGAAGCUCCACGCAGCCAUCCGCCUCCUCGACUCCCAGCUCCGCCACGAGGUCCUUUCCCGCCACGACGACCUCCUCUCCCAGCUCUCGUCCCUCCACCACGCUGAGCUCGCCCUCUCCACCCUCCGCUCCUCCGUCUCCUCCCUCCACUCCUCCCUCCGCAAGGCCCGCUCCGACCUCUCCGACCCUUUCCGCUCCAUCCGCUCCAAAACCCUCCAGCUUUCCAACCUCCACUCCGCCUCCAACCUUCUCAACCAUUCCGUCCGCGCCCUCCGCCUCUCCCGCAAGCUCCGGGACCUCGCUCCCCUCCACGACCCCGAAAAACUCGAUCUCGCCAAGGCCGCCCAGCUCCACGCCGAGAUCUUGACCCUUUGCCAGGAGUACGACCUCUCCGGCAUCCACGUCGUCGACGAGGAGCUCCGAUUCGUCAAGGAGGCCGGGGAAAAACUCCGAUCCGAAGCGAUGAAGGUACUGGAAAGAGGAAUGGAGGGCUUGAACCAAGCCGAGGUGGGGACCGGCUUGCAGGUUUUCUACAACUUGGGCGAGCUGAGAGGGACCGUGGAGCAGUUGGUGAAUAGGUACAAGGGGAUGGCGGUGAAGAGCAUCGGCGCGGCGUUGGAUAUGAAGGCGAUCACGGUGGGCUCGGGCGGGGCGUUUGGGCCGGGAGGAGUGAGGGGGAGCGGGACGCCGCAGAUAGGCGGAGGGGCGAAGGCGAGGGAGGCGCUGUGGCAGAGGAUGGGCAGUUGCAUGGAUCAGUUGCAUUCCAUCGUGGUGGCGGUCUGGCACUUGCAGAGAGUCUUGUCCAAGAAACGAGAUCCCUUUACGCACGUUUUGCUGCUUGAUGAGGUUCUUCAGGAAGGCGAUUCCAUGUUAACAGAUCGAGUCUGGGAGGCAAUUGUGAAGGCUUUUUCAAGCCAAAUGAAGUCUGCUUUCACUGCAUCAAGUUUUGUGAAAGAGAUAUUUACUAUGGGGUAUCCCAAACUCUUCUCCAUGAUAGAGAACCUUCUUGAAAGAAUUUCGCAUGAUACUGACGUCAAAGGCGUUUUACCAGCUAUCAGUUCAGAGGGCAGAGAUCAAAUGGUUGCGGCUGUUGAAAUAUUCCAGACAUCAUUCUUGGCUCUUUGCUUGAGUCGCCUAUCGGAUCUCGUGAAUUCCAUAUUUCCUGUGUCGAGCCGUGGAAGUGUUCCCUCCAAAGAACAGAUCUCAAAGAUUAUAUCACGCAUUCAGGAAGAGAUCGAAGCUGUUCAGUUGGACGGGCAUUUGACCCUUCUUGUCUUGCAUGAAAUUGGCAAGGCUUUGAUCCUGCUUGCACAACGUGCUGAGUACCAGAUAUCCACUGGUCCUGAAGCGCGUCAAGUAAGUGGUCCAGCAACUGCCGCCCAACUCAAGAACUUCACAUUAUGUCAACAUCUACAAGAAAUUCAUACACGCAUAUCAUCAAUGGUUACAGGACUUCCCAGCAUUGCUGCAGAUGUGUUGUCUCCCUCGUUAGGUGCAGUAUAUGGGGUUGCCUGUGACUCGGUGACAUCCUUAUUCCAAGCAAUGCUUGAACGGCUUGAGUCUUGCAUCUUGCAAAUUCAUGACCAAAAGUUUGGUGCGCUUGGAAUGGAUGCUGCAAUGGACAACAGCGCAUCACCUUACAUGGAGGAGUUGCAGAAGUGCAUUCUUCACUUCCGUAGUGAGUUCCUAUCUAGGCUGCUGCCUUCCGCAACAAAUGCUAGGGCUGUAGGGACGGAAACCAUUUGCACUCGCCUUGUUAGGAAUAUGGCUUCACGGGUCCUAAUAUUCUUUAUCAGGCAUGCUUCUCUUGUUAGACCCCUUUCAGAAUCAGGCAAGCUUAGGAUGGCCAGAGACAUGGCUGAGUUGGAGUUAGCUGUGGGUCAGAAUUUGUUCCCAGUGGAGCAACUUGGUGCACCAUACCGAGCCCUUCGAGCAUUCCGACCCCUUAUUUUCUUAGAAACAUCUCAACUGGGAGAUUCUCCUCUUCUUCAAGAUUUGCCACUAAGUGUAAUACUUCACCAUCUUUACUCCAGAGGCCCUGACGCAUUGCAGUCGCCACUGCAAAGAAACAAACUUGCACCUCUGCAGUAUUCCUUGUGGCUAGAUUCUCAAGGUGAGGAUCAGAUCUGGAAAGGUAUCAAGGCAACUCUGGAUGAUUAUGCUGCAAAUGUUAGGGUCAGAGGAGACAAGGAGUUUAGCCCUGUAUAUCCUCUUAUGCUUCGAUUAGGAUCGUCUAUGACCAGGAAUACUCCAGCGUCCCAAAAGCCUUGAUAUUCAGUAUACCUAUUUUAAAAUCAUUCUCAAACCAGAAAUGGUGUUCGCCAGGUUUUUGCUUUUAGGUUAGAUGUUGCAGUUGGAAAUUGUUGCCGAAACUUCACAAAAGACCAUACUGGUUCAGGUGGCAACUUUGAGUAGGUUCAUACUUGAUGGCUGGAUCCGCAGAAUGGCUGCAUAGAAUUCAUUUGUAUCUAGUCUAGAAUAUUUUUCGAGUUUUGGUUAUUGUAUUCAUUGUUUCACCUACAUGUCAUCCUUCCAUUUGUGGUCAUAAUGUUCCCUAAUUUUUGUGUAAAAUAUAAAAGUGUUCUUUA